UAUCACCUUUUACACCCAAAAUGUGUAAUAUUUUACACAUUUUUAAUUAAUAUCGCAUACGCGUGUUGUUUGCAUCAGCAGCUGGAAUCUAGCUGUCAAAAUUUUCAAACAGUUACCUAAUCGCGCUAAUAAAAAAAAGUGCAGAAGAUUUUUUUUACAAAUUUUAUAUGAAAAUCUGUCUGAAACGCAAGGGAUGUGCAGGCCAUGCAACCUUCCGGAAAUCUCCGGGUAAUUGGUGGCUUUAUAACGACGGUCCAGAACUGAUCCAACGAGGUGGUGUUUCGGAAAAAGAAUAAUUCCGGAUUCCGAAUCUAGCGAUGAGUUCAUCUUUGGGAAGUGUGCGGCAUUAGAGAGCUGACAGGUAGAAUCCAGCACCAUCUGUUAGACCCGCGGUCAUUCCCGGAUCUGUUUCCACUCAUUCAACCGGCUACAUAAUUGUCUUGUUAUAAGGCGUAUCGGUCGACAUAAAAUCGAGAAGGAAACGCAUCUCGCACCGGUCACAAUCAUCCGCACCUCGGUCGAGGAACAACCGAUUGGACGCGAAAAGGAAAUGCACCCGGGUCGUUCACGAUCAUUUGUACCAUGGCCGCUGGAAUUCAAUUCGAGAGUUUAGUUGACCUCGAGGAGGAAGUGAACCUUGCCAUUACCGGACCGGUCACAAUCAUCCGCAGCUGGAGAUCAAACUUUCCGAUUCGAUCUUCACGAGAAUUCCGGGUGUUCGAGCUGGCUGCGGAAAUCAGGCUUGGACAUUUCUCGGCAGCGGAACAACCCAUUCGGAUGAAAGUUAGCCGCGAAGAGGAAUCGCACCUUGUCCACACCUGGGCACACAGUCACCAGAACCUCGGGCGCAGAACAGAAAGUUGCGCGCGAAGAGGAAAACACCUUGUCCCGGGCCAUCAUUCGUACCUCGGCCACGUAUCAAUCGAUUCGAGAGAAUUGAUGCGAUCUUGACGGAACAACGCCGGGUUUUUGAGCUGGCAGCGGAGUUCAGACCUAGACAUUCCCCAGCCGCGGAACAAUCGAUUUAACACGAAAGUUGGCCGCGAGGAGGAAUCGCAUCGUGGAUGCUGCUGGAAAAAUUGCCAACAUUAAUAUGACGCUGGCCGUUUGGCGAAAGUUUAAAGGUUUGUUUAAGGGUGAAGAACGACCUCAUUACGAAGAAAUUCCGGAAACUCAUUGAAAAGUUGAUUGAAAUGCUUUUAUUACAUAUAUUAUUCGUCGUGCAAUAAAUCGAAUAAAAAAAAAUCGUUCUGUUUAUGUUUAAUUUGACAUUUCUAAUUGAAAAUAACCAAUUCGAUAUCUAUCUCAGGCGACAAAAUGGGUUUUGUGUAAUAUUACACGAUUUUUAGGUUACAUUCAUAAAUGUAAUUUUAAGUGGUUUCUUUCACAAAGGU